AUGGAUCUGGAUGUUCGAGAGAUUCUGAAUCGGUUUGAGAACCUCGACUCCCCUGCUCGACGAGCCGCCUAUCGCCAUAUUCUGAUGCAAAUGCGCCUCCAUGAAUGGCGCGAUGUGCGUGACCAUUUAGACCACAUUUCCUUUCACAAGGAUAUUCUAAGUGCCCUGCCUGUAGAGGUGGCCGUGCAAAUUACCGGAUAUUUAGUUCGCGACGCUGCGUUUCACCGUUAUGCCGGACGCAAGACCAACCCCGCUGCUGUCGGGUCACUGGACAAAUUCUCCGCGUAUGCACGACACCGGACUCUCUUGGAGCGUGGGCAACCUGUCAAGAAAGUUGAUUGUCCAACCUACCAGCCGUUGCCGACAACAUCGGAGGUGUCGACCCUAGAUUACUGCAAAGGACAUGUUGCGUGGAUCGACCAAGGCACCACGCUUGUCGUCCUCAAUCUGUACACCCAUGCUACCCAACAAUACUGCACGCAGAACCGGGAUUUCUUCGUUGGGAUGCGACUUUCAGACCGCAUCAUCGCGGCCAUUAGUCCACGUGGACACUGUCACAUCUGGGGUCUUCACUCCGAGGAGUCGGCAUGGUUUCGCCUGCCUUCAUUACAAUAUGGGUUCUUCGUAGCCAGCGGAACAAGCGUAGCACUUUCCUUUUCUGAUAGUCUGUCUAACGGAGGCUACAUCCUGCAUUGGGAUCUCAUGUCGCACACUGCUCGCACGAUCGUUGUAGCACCAUAUUUGGGCUACAUGGCCUUGAACGUCGCCGCGAAAACUCUCACUACGGUCCACCUUGAGUCGCGCAACCAGGUUGCUUGGGCUGAUCCCGCUUAUGACAGUCAGCUGCGAGUCGUAAGACAUUUGCUUGAUGGAUCUCCCUCGGGACGAUUACCAUCGUAUACCCUUGAUCUACCGGCCACCGAGGACCGCCGAUAUGUGAAAAUCGGAUCCCCGGACGAAGGCUCAAGGUUCAGCGACCGAAUCGGUAUCUUUUCUUUCCUAGCAACUGAUGGGCAGCCUUCGGCAUCGUGCCCUAUUGUUGCCGUUUCUUAUGAUCCACCCACCGAUCAAGUAGACUUGCAUGUCUUAAAUCCUGAGCACACACCCUUCUUUCCUUUAUGUAUGACGGCAGUUGACCGUAACAUUCUUUACUAUCUAAAGAAUGAUAACGGAAAACCUCAGAUAGCAAUCUCCAACCCUGCCGCCACAGUCCCCCAUCGGCAAUCCAAACACAUGAACCCCCAACUGCCGCGCGAGGCAACCAACCGAGUUUACUCCCAUACCACUCGCUUUGCUCUCCGAGGAGAUGAUGAAUAUGCUCUGUUGAUCGAUGAGAAUGGGCUGAAGAUGUGGUCUUUCAAUGAAACAAACGACUGA